AUGUCUUCCUCGGAUGAAGAGACCCUCAGCGAGCGAUCGUGCCGUAGUGAACGAUCAUGCCGGAGCGAGCGAUCUUACAGGAGCGAGCGAUCUGGGAGCCUAUCUCCCUGUCCCCCUGGGGAUACUUUACCCUGGAAUUUACCUCUUCACGAGCAAAAGAAACGGAAAAGCCAGGACUCCGUACUCGAUCCAGCAGAAAGAGCCGUGGUCAGAGUUGCUGAUGAACGAGACCGUGUACAAAAGAAAACAUUCACCAAAUGGGUCAACAAGCAUUUAAUGAAGGUCCGCAAGCACAUUAAUGAUCUCUACGAAGAUCUUAGAGAUGGCCAUAACCUGAUAUCUCUUCUUGAGGUUCUCUCCGGAAUCAAAUUGCCUCGAGAGAAAGGCAGGAUGCGUUUCCAUAGACUGCAGAAUGUACAGAUUGCUCUGGACUUCUUAAAGCAGCGGCAGGUAAAAUUGGUGAACAUUCGCAAUGAUGACAUCACAGAUGGGAACCCCAAGCUGACUCUGGGCUUGAUAUGGACCAUCAUUUUGCAUUUCCAGAUCUCUGACAUCUACAUCAGUGGCGAAUCAGGAGACAUGUCAGCAAAGGAAAAACUGCUAUUGUGGACUCAGAAGGUGACAGCUGGUUACACAGGAAUCAAAUGCACUAAUUUUUCCUCAUGCUGGAGUGACGGGAAAAUGUUCAAUGCACUUAUUCACCGAUACAGACCAGAUUUGGUAGAUAUGGAGAGAGUGCAGAUCCAGAGUAAUAGAGAGAAUUUGGAACAGGCCUUUGAAGUGGCAGAAAGACUUGGAGUCACCCGGUUGUUGGAUGCAGAAGAUGUGGAUGUACCUUCUCCAGAUGAGAAGUCUGUAAUCACUUAUGUAUCUUCAAUUUAUGAUGCCUUCCCCAAAGUCCCUGAGGGAGGUGAAGGAAUAAGUGCUACGGAGGUGGAUUCCAGGUGGCAAGAGUACCAGAAUCGUGUAGACUCUCUCAUUCCCUGGAUCAAACAACACACUAUACUGAUGUCAGAGAAAUCGUUCCCCCAGAACCCUGUUGAAUUAAAGGCACUUUAUAACCAGUACAUACACUUUAAAGAAACUGAAAUUCUAGCCAAGGAGAGAGAAAAAGGAAGAAUUGAGGAAUUGUACAAAUUAUUAGAGGUAUGGAUUGAAUUUGGUCGAAUUAAGCUCCCUCAAGGCUAUCAUCCCAAUGAUGUGGAGGAAGAGUGGGGAAAGCUAAUCAUUGAGAUGCUAGAGCGAGAGAAGUUACUUCGGCCAGCCGUAGAGAGGCUGGAAUUGCUGCUACAAAUUGCCAACAAAAUCCAGAAUGGUGCUUUGAGAUGUGAAGAAAAACUGACACUAGCAAAGAACACCCUACAGGCGGAUACUGCUCAGGUGGAAUCAGGGCAGCCAUUGCAGCAUGAGCCAGAUGCCAUCAUGUACCUUCAGGAGUGUGAAGGACUCAUCAGGCAGCUGCAAGUGGACCUCCAGAUUCUCCGAGAUGAGAACUACUACCAAGUGGAAGAGCUGGCUUUUAGGAUAAUGCGACUCCAAGAUGAACUAGUUUCCUGGAAGCUAGAGUGCACAAAUCUUUUUUUUCAUACACUUGAAUUUGUUCAGCCCUCUACUUUAACCACUACCCACCUGAAGACAGACCCCUUGACUAAGGGCACACAUCCUCCUUCUACCUCUUGGUUCCGAAAACCCAUGACUCGGGUUGAAUUGGUGUCUAUCUCUUCCUCUGAAGAUGAAGGGAGUCUCCGAUUUGUUUAUGAAUUGCUUUCGUGGGUUGAAGAGAUGCAGAUGAAAUUGGAACGGGCCGAAUGGGGCAAUGACCUACCCAGUGUGGAGCUGCAGCUUGAGACUCAGCAACAUAUCCAUACCAGUGUUGAAGAGCUCGGCUCAAGUGUCAAAGAGGCUAGGAUAUACGAGGGCAAAAUGUCUCAAAAUUUUCGUGCCAGCUACACUGAAACACUUGGGAAGUUGGAGACACAGUAUUGUAAAUUGAUGGAAACCUCCAGCUUCCGCCUUCGAAACCUCCAGAGUUUGCACAAAUUUGUCUCCAAAGCUACAACUGAGCUGAUCUGGCUAAAUGAAAAGGAGGAAGAGGAAUUGGCAUUUGAUUGGAGUGACAACAAUCCCAACAUUACAGCCAAGAAAAAUUACUUUUCUGAGCUAACCAUGGAACUAGAUGAUAAACAAGAUGUUUUCAGGUCUCUACAAGAUACAGCGGAGUUGCUGUCACUGGAGAACCACCCAGCAAAGCAGACCGUUGAGGCAUACAGUGCUGCUAUCCAGUCUCAGUGGCAGUGGAUGAAACAGCUGUGCCUUUGUGUGGAGCACCAUGUGAAGGAGAAUAGCACUUACUUUCAGUUUUUUAGUGAUGCAAAAGACCUAGAAACAUUCUUGAAGAACCUACACGACUCUAUCAAACGGAAGUAUUCCUGUGACCACAACACCAGCUUGUCCCGCCUCGAAGACCUCCUCCAGGACUCCAUGGAUGAAAAGGAGCAACUCAUUCAUUCAAAGAGUUCCGUUGCCAGUCUAGUGGGGAGAUCAAAAACCAUCAUUCAGCUGAAGCCACGAAAUCCAGACCAUGUGCUAGCGAGCACCAUCUCCAUCAAGGCUAUCUGUGACUACCGGCAGAUUGAGAUCACCAUCUACAAGAAUGAUGAGUGUGUACUGGAAGAUAAUUCCCAGCGGACCAAGUGGAAGGUGAUCAGCCCCACAGGAAACGAGGCCAUGGUGCCCUCUGUGUGCUUCCUCAUUCCUCCCCCCAACACAGAUGCCAUUGAGGUGGCCAACAGAGUGGAACAAUCCUAUCAGAAGGUGAUGACCCUUUGGCAUCAGCUGCAUGUGAAUACCAAAAGUCUUAUUUCUUGGCACUAUCUGCGGAAGGACAUUGAUCUUGUGCAGAGCUGGAACCUGGAAAAGUUUCGAUCCUUGGCCUCUGCUGAGAACCAUCAGGUCAUGGAGAAUCUCCAGACCCACUAUGAAGAUUUCCUACAAGACAGUCGGGAUUCCUCAGUCUUCUCAGUGUGUGAUCGUCUACACCUGGAAGAGGAGGUGAAUUCUUGUAAAGGACACUACCAGCAGCUGACUGAAUCCUUGGAGAAUGAAGAUAAGGAUGAGACAUUUGCUAGGACAUAUAUCUCAGAGCUGACAAACAUAAGGCUCCGUCUGGAGGACUGUGAGCAGAGGCUGAUCAGACGUAUCCAGUCCCCACCUGGCUCUAGGACUGACGAGGAUGCUCGACAAGACAACGCUUUACGUAUUGCAGAGCAAGAGCAUACCCAGGAAGAUUUGCAGCAACUGAGGACUGAUUUUGACAAUAUUUCUACAAGAUGUAAAACUUUUCUCCAGCAAUCUCCAUCUGGGUCCAGUGUUCCAAACCUUCAAUCAGAGCUAAAUCUGCUGGUGGAAAAAAUGACCCAUGUGUAUGGUCUGUCCUCUGUCUACUUGGAUAAACUAAAGACAAUUGAUGUUAUAGUCCGGGAUAUCCAAGAUGCUGAGCUGUUAGUCAAAGGAUAUGAAAUCAAGCUGAUUCAGGAAGAAGCUGUACCAGCAGAUCUCUCAGCUCUGCAGUCUCACCGAGCUGCUUUAGAGCAAUGGCUCAAGGAUGUAAAGGCCAAGAACUCGGUUUUCUUAGUGCUGGAUGAAGAAAUCACCAAAGCCAAAAUGGUGGCAGAGCAACUAUGCCGUUUAAUGCCUGAGCGCAGCCUGGACCUGGAGCGGUGCCAAGAGAGGGGGUCCCAGCUUCAGGAGCGCUGGCACAGGGUUGGUGCCCAGAUUGAAAACCGACAAUCUGAACUAGAGAGUAUCCAGGAAGUGCUAAGGGAUUACCGGGCCUGCCAUGGAGCACUCAUCCAGUGGAUUGAAGAGACCACUGCACAGCAAGAGGUGAUGAAGCCAGGUCAGGCAGAGGAUAGCCGAGUGCUAUCAGAGCAGCUCAGCCAGCAGACAGCUCUGGUUGCAGAAAUUGAGAGGAAUCAGGCAAAACUAGACCAAUGUCAGAAGUUUUCCCAGCAGUACUCUGCCAGUGUGAAGGACUAUGAAUUACAACUAAUGACAUACCGAGCCUUUGUGGAAUCUCAGCAAAAAUCACCUGGGAAACGUCGGCGCAUGCUUUCCUCAUCUGAUGCCAUCACACAGGAGUUCAUGGACUUGAGGACUCGGUAUACAGCCCUGGUGACUUUAACAACCCAGCAUGUGAAAUAUAUCAGUGAUGCACUUCGGCGACUAGAAGAAGAAGAGAAAGUGGUUGAAGAGGAAAAGCAGGAACAUGUGGAGAAGGUGAAAGAUCUUCUAGUCUGGGUGUCUGCCUUAUCAAGGAGCCCCCCAGGCAAAGCUACUUCAUCCCAGGGCAAAGAAUUGACAGACAUUGAAAAAUCUAUUUUAGAACAACAGGUUCUGACAGAGGAGCUGGCAACCAAAAAGGAACAAAUUUCUGAGGCCAUCAAAACUUCACAGAUCUUCUUAGCCAAGCAUGGCCAUAAGCUGUCAGACCAGGAGAAAGAGCAAAUUUCUGAGCAGCUGAAGGUCCUGAAGACAACUUAUCAGGAUAUGUGUGAUGGUUCAGCCCAGCAGCUUCAGCAGCUUCAGAGCCAGCUGGCCCAAAAGACAGAGCAAAAGACAAUACAGGAGCAGAAGAACACAUGCCACCAGAAGCUAGAAGACCUUUGUACCUGGGUAAGCCAAGCUGAGCAGGCUUUGACAGGUCACCAUGUUAGAGGUGGCAGCCCUGAGGACCUCUCCACUCUGCAGCAAAAGCAAGACUCUGUGAAGGAUCUACAGAAGGAUAUCCAGAACCAUGCCAUCUCCUUUGCCAACAUCAUCAAAGACGCUGAGGGAUUCCUGGAGGAGAAUCAGACCAAACUAAACCCCCAUGAGUUGAGUAGCCUAAGGGAAAAACUGCUCCAGGCCAAAGAACAGUCAAAGGCAUUACAGGAGCGGACACAUAUGGCCAAAAAGGAACUAGAGGAGGCAGUCACUGCAGCCUUACAGCAGGAAUCUGAAAAGACUAAAGCUGCCAAAGAACUUGAGGAGAACAAGAGUAAAAUUGAUGCCCUUCUGGAUUGGGUGGCAUCCUUGGAAUCCACAAGUGGAUUGCCCAAGUCUAGCUUUCCAAAAUUAGAAGACUCCCCAGGAGGGAGUUUGGGGAAUGGAAUCAUGGAUACCAUCGAUGGCUAUAGUGAAAUGAGCCAAGCUCCAGAGAAGCUGGAUCAGCUGUAUGAAGGUGCAAAGGCCCGUCACCAGGAACUGCUGUCCCAACAGCAAGAUUUUAUCCUGGCCACUCAGGCAGCUCAGGCAUUUUUGGAUAAAUACAGCCACAGCCUGGCCCCAGAGGAGCAGCAGAAGCUCCAACAGAAGCUUGGAGACUUGAGGGAACAGUACUCUGCCUCCUUGGCCCGGGCAGAAACAGAGCUGAAGCAGAUGCAGGCCUUGCGGGAUGAGUUACAGAAGUUCCUUCGAGAUCACAGGGAGUUUGAAGACUGGCUACAGCAGGCAGAACAGGAGCUAGAGAGUGUGCACAAGGGGGGUGGUGACCCCGCAGCCCUCCAGUCCCUGCUGCUGAGGCAGAGGAGCUUCUCUGAGGAUGUCAUUUCCCACAAAGGAGACUUACGGUUUGUGACCAUGUCUGGACAGAAGGUCUUGGACACCGAAAACAGCUCCAGAGGAGGCACAGAACCCUCAGCAACCAGGCAUUUAGUGACCUCUAAGCUGGAUGAUGCAACUCAAAGAUAUACAGCCCUUCACUCAAAGUGCAACAAACUAGGUUCUCACCUGAACAUGCUUCUGGAGCACUCUCAACAAUUCCAGAGCAGUGCAGAUGGUCUUCAGGCCUGGAUACAGGAAUGUGAGAGCAAGGUGAACCAGCUUCUAUUAGAUCCUGUGGCUUCUGACCCCACAGUCCUUCAGCAGCAGCUUGCAAACACAAAGCAGUUACAAGGAGAUGUGGCUGAGCAUCAGGUACCUGUAGAAAAACUCCAGAAAGCAGCAGGAGCACUCCUGGAGAUGGAGGGUGAGCCAGCUCCUGAUCCCCAGCAUAUCCAAGAAACCACAGAUUCCAUCUUGGGCCAUUUUCAGAGCCUUUCUGGGAGGCUAGAAGAGCGUGCUGAUCUAUUACAAAAGGCAGUCGCCCAGUCACAAAGUGUCCAGCAAGGGCUGGAGAACCUGCUGCAGUCCAUCAGUGAGGUAGAGAAAAGCCUGGAGGGAGAGCAGGUGGCAUCAUUGACUUCAACAGCUAUCCAGGAAGCCUUGGCUGUCAAUAUGAAACUGAAGCAGGACAUUGUCCGGCAGAAGAGCAGCUUGGAGGCUACCCGUGAAAUGGUGACUCAAUUCAUGGAGACAGCUGAUGGUGCCACAGCCAUGGGGCUUCAGGGCAAGCUGGCUAAAGUAAGUGAGCAUUUCAGCCAGCUGUGUCAAAGGCAGCAGGAGAAAGAGAGCUCCCUGAAGAAGCUCUUGCCACAGGUGGAGAUGUUUGAGCAUAUCUCAGAGAAGCUCCAGCAGUUUUUGGACAGCCGAGCCCGGAUGCUGGCCUCUGGGAACCAACCUGAUAGAGAUAUUGCUCAGUUCUCCCAGCAGAUUCAGGAGCUGAAUUUGGAAAUGGGAGAGCAGCAAGAGAACCUGGAUGCCCUAGAGCACCUGGUUAUUGAUCUGAGCUCCUGUGGUUUUGCAUUGGAUGUUUCCCAGCAUGAGGAGAGGGUACAGAAGCUAAAGAAGGAUUUCACGGGACUGCAAAAGUCAGUUCAAGAAAGAGAGAAGGAAACAUCGUCCUGCCAAGAACAGUUGGAUGAAUUUCGGAAGCUGGUUCAGGCCCUACAGAAGUGGCUAAAAGAAAGUGAAGGAAAUAUGCCAAUGAUGGAAACCUCCAUGAGCACCAGGGAUCUUCAGAAGCAGAUUGAGCAACUUGAGGCUCUUUUGGAUGACUGGACAAGUAAGGGUCCCCAAGUGGAAGAAGUAAACCGCAAAGGCCUGGCUUUAGAAAACCUGAUUGUGGAGAUUACAGCACCUGAAACGCAGUCCAAGACAGGUUCUGUCCUGCCCUCUCUAGGAGGCUCUGUAGGCAGUGUAAACGGAUACCACACCUGCAAAGAUUUGACGGAAAUCCAGUGUCAUAUGUCGGAUGUGAGCCAACAGUAUGAGAAGCUGGGCGGGGUGCUUCAGGAUCGGCGGGAUAGCCUGCUGGCCAUGCUCAACAACAUGCAGGAAGUUCAGGAGGAGGCAAACUCUCUGUUACAGUGGCUCGAAUCUAAAGAGCAAGCCCUGAAAGUUCUUGAUGCCUCUUCAUCACCAACCAAAACAGAGACAGUGAGAGCCCAAGCUGAGUGUAAUAAGGCCUUCCUGGCAGAAUUGGAGCAGAAUUCUCCCAAAAUCCACAAAGUUAAGGAAGCAUUGGCUGGUUUAUUGAAGAAAUAUCCCAACUCACAGGAAGUGAAACGCUGGAAGGAAAUGCAAGAGGAACUGAGUUCCCGGUGGGAGCGGGCUAAUGAGGUCACGGCAGCAAGGCAGCAGAAACUGGAGGAAUCUGCUAACCAGCUAGCAAGCUUCCAGGCUGCUGAAACCCAGCUGCGACCUUGGCUGACAGAGAAAGAGCUGAUGAUGAGUGUUCUGGGGCCCUUGUCCAUUGAUCCCAAUAUGUUGAAUGCACAGAAGCAACAAGUCCAGUUUAUGCUAAAGGAAUUUGAAGCUCGCAAGCCACAGCAUGAGCAGCUGAACCAGGCAGCUCAGGGUAUCCUGACUGGCCCUGGAGAUGGCUCUCCAUGCACUAGCCAGGUACAGGAAGAACUCCAAAACAUCAAUAACAAGUGGGUCGAACUGACAGACAGGCUUAAUUCUCGGUCUAGCCAGAUUGACCAAACUCUUGUCAAAAGCACUCAGUAUCAGGAGCUGCUCCAGAACUUAUCUGAAAGGGUCAUGGCUGUUGGACAGCGGCUAAAUGGCCAGUCAGCCAUCAGCACCCAGCCUGCUGCUGUGAAACAACAGCUGGAAGAGACAAGUGAGAUUCGGUCUGACUUGGAACAGCUGGAUCACGAAAUCACAGAGGCCCAGACCCUAUGUGAUGAGCUAUCCACACUUAUAGGGGAGCAGUACCUCAAGGACGAGCUGAGGAAGCGGCUGGAGACAGUUGCCCUCCCUCUCAAGGGCUUAGAAGAUCUUGCAGCUGAUCGCAUGAACAAACUCCAGACAGCUCUUGCCAGCACCCAGCAAUUCCAGCAAAUGUUUGAUGAACUGAGGACCUGGCUAGAUGACAAACAAAGCCAGCAAGCAAAGGCCCACCCCAUCUCUGCAAAAUUAGACCGGCUACACUGCCAGCUUCAGGAGCAAGAAGAAUUCCAGAAGAGCCUGAACCAGCACAGUGGUUCUUAUGAAUUGAUUAUAGUUGAAGGGGAAUCUCUGCUUCUCUCUGUGCAUCCAGGGGAAGAGAAAAAGACCUUGCAAAGCCAGCUGAUUGAGCUCAAAAGCCACUGGGAGGAGCUUAGUAAAAAGGCUGCUGACCGACAGUCCAGGCUCAAAGACUGUAUGCAGAAGGCUCAGAAAUACCAGUGGCAUGUGGAAGACCUCAUGCCGUGGAUUGAGGAUUGCAAGGCCAAGAUGUCUGACUUACAGGUGACCCUCGAUCCGGUCCAGUUAGAGUCUCAUCUCUUGAGGUCAAAGGUCAUGCUGACUGAUGUGGAAAAGCGCCGGUCCCUAUUGGAAAUGUUGAACAGUACUGCUGAUAUCUUAAUCAAUUCUUCUCAGACUGAUGAAGAUGAUAUCCGAGAUGAGAAAGCAGGGAUCAAUCAGAACAUGGAUGCCAUCACAGAAGAACUACAAGCCAAAACAGAAUCCCUUGAAGAAAUGACUCAGAGACUCAAGGAGUUCCAAGAUAGCUAUAAGAACAUUGAAAAGAAGCUCGAUGGUGCCAAACAUCAGCUUGAAAUCUUUGAUGCAUUGGGCCCCCAAGCCUGCAGCAAUAAGAACCUGGAGAAGCUCCGAGCUCAACAGGAAGUGCUGCAGACCCUGGAGCCACAGGUGGACUAUCUCAAGAACUUCACUCAGGGCCUAGUGGAAGAUGCCCCACAAGGGUCUGAUGCUUCCCAGCUUCUACACCAAGCCAAGGCCACCGAGCAAGAGUUUAUGGAAAUCAAAGAAAGAGUGAAUAGUAGCUGUGUGACAAUGGAAAAUAAACUCGAGGGGAUUGGCCAGUUCCAUUGUCGAGUCCGAGAGAUGUUUUCUCAGCUAGCUGACUUAGAUGAUGAACUUGAUAGUAUGCGUGCCAUUGGCAGAGACAUUGACAGCCUCCAGUCCCAGAUCGAAGAUGUUCGUCUAUUCCUUAGCAAAAUCCAGAGCCUGAAAUCAGACAUCGAGACCUCUGAAGGAGAGUGCCGACAAAUGCUAGAAGAAGAAGGAAGUCUAGACUUGUUAGGACUUAAGAGAGAACUGGAAGCCCUGAACAAACAGUGUGGCAAACUAACAGAGAGGGGCAAAGCCCGUCAGGAGCAGCUAGAACUGACCUUGGCUCGAGUGGGAGACUUCUACAGCAAACUGAAAGAGCUCAAUGACAUGACCACAGCAGCAGAGGAGGGAGAGGCCCUUCAAUGGGUGGUGGGCACCGAAGUGGAUGCCAUCAACCAACAGUUGGCAGAUUUUAAAAUGUUUCAGAAAGAACAGGUUGAUCCCCUUCAGAUGAAACUGCAGCAAGUGAAUGGACUUGGCCAAGGCCUGAUCCAGAGUGCAGGAAAAAACUGUGAUGUGCAAGGCUUGGAACAUGACAUGGAAGAGAUCAAUGCCCGAUGGAACACACUGAAUAAAAAGGUAGCACAGAGAAUUGCACAACUACAGGAGGCCCUGUUGCAUUGUGGGAAAUUUCAGGAUGCCUUGGAGCCAUUGCUCAGCUGGUUGGCAGACACAGAGGACCUCAUAGCCAAUCAGAAACCUCCGUCUGCUGAGUAUAAAGUGGUGAAGGCUCAGAUCCAAGAGCAGAAGCUGCUCCAGCGGCUCCUAGAUGAUCGAAAAGCCACUGUGGACAUGCUUCAGGCGGAAGGGGAAAGAAUAGCUCAAUCUGCUGAGCUAGCUGAUAGAGAGAAGAUCAUCAGCCAGCUGGAGAGUCUGGAAAGGAGAUGGACUGAAUUAUUAAGCAAGGCAGCAGCCAGGCAAAAACAGCUAGAGGAUAUCCUGGUUCUGGCAAAACAAUUCCAUGAAACAGCUGAGCCUGUUUCUGACUUCUUAUCUGUCACUGAGAAGAAACUUGCUAAUUCUGAGCCAGUUGGCACCCAGACUGCCAAAAUCCAGCAGCAGAUUGUGCGCCAUAAGGCUCUGGAGGAAGAAAUAGAGAGCCGAGCAGCUGAUGUGCAGCAGGCAGUCAGAGUUGGGCAAUCCCUCUCCUCCCUGACCUAUCCAGCUGAGCAGGGUGUGCUGGCUGAAAGGCUAGAGGCUUUACAGGCCCGUUACAGUGAGGUUCAGGAGCGGUGCUGUCGAAAGGCAGCCCUACUUGAACAGGCCAUAGCUAACGCCAGGCUGUUUGGGGAGGAUGAGGUGGAGGUGCUCAACUGGUUGGCUGAGGCUGAGGACAAGCUCAGCUCGGUCUUCGUAAAGGAUUACAGACAGGAUGUCCUACAGAAGCAGCAUGCUGACCACCUGGCUUUGAAUGAAGAGAUUGUUAAUAGAAAAAAGAAUGUAGACCAAGCUAUUAAGAAUGGGCAAGCUCUUCUGAAACAAACAACAGGGGAAGAGGUGCUGCUCAUCCAAGAGAAACUGGAUGGUAUUAAGACCCGCUAUGCUGACCUCACUGUCGGUAGUUCUAAGACCCUCAGAACAUUGGAGCAGGCCAGACAACUGGCCACUAAAUUCCAGUCCACACAUGAUGAGUUAACUGGCUGGAUGAGUAAGGUAGAAGAGGAGCUGAUGACCAGUGGAGGGCAGUCUCCUAUGGGGGAGCAGAUUCCCCAGUUUCAGCAAAGACAGAAGGAGCUGAAAAAGGAGGUCAUGGAGCACAGAAUAGUGCUGGACACAGUGAAUGAGGUGAGCCGGGCCCUCUUGGAACUGGUGCCCUGGCGAGCCCGGGAGGGGCUGGAUAAAUUAGUCUCUGAUGCCAAUGACCAGUACAAACUAGUCAGUGACACCAUUGGGCAGAGAGUGGAUGAAAUCGAUGCUGCUAUCCAGAGGUCACAACAGUAUGAGCAAGCUGCUGAUGCAGAAUUAGCUUGGGUGGCUGAAACAAAACGGAAGUUGAUGGCUCUUGGUCCAAUCCGCCUGGAACAGGAUCAGACUACUGCACAACUACAAGUUCAGAAGGCUUUCUCCAUUGAUAUCAUUCGGCACAAAGAUUCCAUGGAUGAGCUUUUUAGCCAACGUAGUGAAAUCUUUGGAACCUGUGGAGAGGAACAGAAAGCAGUAUUACAAGAGAAAACAGAAUCUUUGGUACAGCAAUAUGAGGCCGUUAGCCAGCUCAAUUCGGAACGCUAUGCCCGUCUGGAGCGAGCCCAGGUUUUGGUGAACCAAUUUUGGGAAACCUAUGAGGAGCUCAGCCCAUGGAUCGAGGAAACACAGACCCUAAUAUCACAACUACCUCCACCUGCCAUUGAUCAUGAACAACUCAAGCAGCAACAGGAGGAAAUGAGGCAACUAAGGGAAUCCAUUGCUGAGCACAAGCCUCACAUUGAUAAGCUCCUGAAGAUUGGCCCACAGCUGAAGGAGCUGAACCCUGAUGAAGGUGAAAUGGUGCAGGAAAAGUACCAGAAGGCAGAGGCAACUUAUGCCAGAAUCAAGGAGGAGGUGCGCCAGCGUGCACUGGCCCUGGAUGAGGCUGUCUCCCAGUCUGCUCAGAUUUCAGAGUUCCACGAUAAAAUGGAGCCCAUGCUGGAAACCCUGGAAAACCUCUCUUCUCGCCUGCAUAUACCACCACUGAUCCCUGCUGAAGUGGAUAAGAUCCGAGAAUGUCUCAGUGACAACAAGAGCACUGCCAUGGAGCUGGAGAAGCUGCAGCCAUCCUUCGAAGCUUUGAAACGCCGGGGAGAGGAGUUGAUAAGCCGAUCCCAGGGAGCUGACAAGGAUCUAGCUGCCAAAGAAAUCCAAGACAAACUGGAUCAGAUGGUAUUUUUCUGGGAGGAUAUCAAAGCUCAAGCUGAAGAACGGGAAAUGAAAUUCCUUGAUGUCCUUGAAUUGGCAGAGAAGUUCUGGUAUGACAUGGCAGCUCUACUGGCUACCAUAAAAGAUACCCAGGAUAUUGUUCAUGACCUGGAGAGCCCAGGCAUCGACCCCUCCAUCAUUAAGCAGCAGGUGGAGGCUGCUGAGACUAUUAAGGAAGAGACAGAUGGUCUGCAUGAAGAACUGGAAUUUAUUCGGAUCCUUGGAGCAGACCUGAUUUUUGCCUGUGGAGAAACAGAGAAGCCAGAGGUGAAGAAGAGCAUUGAUGAGAUGAACAAUGCCUGGGAGAACUUAAACAAAACUUGGAGAGAGAGGCUUGAAAAACUGGAGGAAGCCAUGCAGGCCGCAGUACAAUAUCAGGACACCUUACAGACUAUGUUCGACUGGCUAGAUAACACUGUGAUUAAACUCUGCAACAUGCCUCCUGUCGGCACUGACCUUAACACUGUGAAAGAUCAGCUAAAUGAGAUGAAGGAGUUUAAAAUGGAAGUAUACCAACAGCAGAUUGAGAUGGAGAAGCUAAAUCAUCAGGGAGAGCUGAUGUUGAAAAAAGCUACCGAUGAAACCGAUCGAGAUAUUAUCCGAGAACCACUGACAGAACUAAAACAUCUCUGGGAAAACCUGGGUGAGAAAAUUGCCCACCGGCAGCACAAACUAGAAGGUGCUCUCUUGGCGCUUGGUCAGUUCCAGCAUGCAUUGGAGGAGCUGAUGAGCUGGUUGACUCACACAGAAGAGUUGUUAGAUGCACAGAGACCUAUUAAUGGAGACCCUAAAGUCAUUGAGGUUGAACUUGCAAAACACCACGUUCUAAAAAAUGAUGUGUUGGCUCACCAAGCCACAGUGGAUACAGUCAACAAAGCUGGCAAUGAGCUUCUUGAAUCCAGUGCUGGCGAUGAUGAUGCAAGCAGCUUACGGAACCGUUUGGAAACAAUGAACCAGUGCUGGGAAUCAGUGUUGCAGAAGACAGAAGAACGAGAACAGCAGCUGCAAUCAACCCUCCAGCAGGCCCAGGGUUUCCACAGUGAAAUUGAAGAUUUUCUCUUGAGACUGACUAGGAUGGAAAACCAGCUUUCUUCAUCAAAGCCUACAGGAGGUCUUCCUGAGACAGCACGAGAACAACUUGAUGCUCACAUGGAACUCUAUGACCAGCUGAAAGGCCAGGAGCAGACAUAUAACCAGCUGCUGGACAAGGGGAGGCUGAUGCUGCUAAGCCGGGAUGACUCUGGAUCUGGCUCAAAAACAGAGCAGAGUGUCACACUCUUAGAACAAAAGUGGCAUGUGGUCAGCAGCAAGAUGGAAGAAAGGAAGUCAAAGCUGGAAGAAGUACUCAACCUGGCAACAGAAUUCCAGAAUUCCCUGCAGGAGUUUAUCAACUGGCUAACACUAGCAGAGCAGAGUUUGAACAUUGCACCUCCACCCAGCCUUAUCCUAAAUACCAUCCUCUUGCAAAUAGAUGAACACAAGGUUUUUGCCAAUGAAGUAAAUGCCCACCGGGACCACAUUAUUGAAUUGGAUCAGACUGGAAAUCAAUUGAAGUUUCUCAGUCAAAAGCAAGAUGUUGUCCUGAUCAAAAAUUUAUUGGUUAGUGUUCAGUCUCGAUGGGAAAAGGUGGUCCAGAGGUCUGUUGAAAGGGGUCGAUCCUUGGAUGAUGCCAGAAAACGAGCUAAACAGUUCCAUGAAGCUUGGAAAAAACUGAUUGACUGGCUAGAAGAUGCAGAGAAUCACCUGGACUCAGAAUUGGAAAUAUCCAAUGAUCCAGACAAAAUUAAGCUUCAGCUGUCCAGGCACAAGGAAUUUCAGAAAACACUUGGUGGCAAACAGCCUGUGUAUGAUACUACCAUUCGGACUGGUCGAGCCCUGAAAGAAAAGACCUCACUUCCCGAUGAUGCUCAGAAACUUGACAACUGCCUGGGGGAAGUCAGAGAUAAAUGGGACACCGUGUGCGGCAAGUCUGUGGAACGGCAGCAUAAGCUAGAAGAGGCCCUCCUCUUCUCAGGCCAAUUCAUGGAUGCACUGCAGGCCUUGGUUGACUGGCUAUACAAGGUGGAACCCCAGCUGGCCGAAGACCAGCCUGUCCAUGGUGAUCUCGACCUGGUCAUGAACCUCAUGGAUGCUCACAAGGUUUUCCAGAAAGAGCUGGGAAAGCGCACAGGGACUGUACAGGUCCUGAAGCGGUCAGGACGAGAGCUGAUUGAGAACAGCCGAGAUGACACUACGUGGGUGCGGGUCCAGCUACAGGAGCUAAGUACCCGCUGGGAUACUGUGUGCAAGCUUUCCGUGUCCAAGCAAACCCGGCUGGAACACGCCCUGAAGCAGGCAGAAGAAUUUCGAAAUGCAGUCCACAUGUUGUUGGAGUGGCUUUCUGAAGCUGAGCAGACCCUCCGCUUUCGGGGAGCACUUCCUGAUGAUACAGAAGCCUUGCAGUCCCUCAUUGAUGUACACAAGGAAUUCAUGAAGAAAGUGGAGGAGAAGAGAGUGGAUGUGAAUGCUGCCGUGGCAAUGGGAGAAGAUAUCCUGGCAGUGUGCCACCCAGAUUGUGUCACCACCAUCAAACACUGGAUCACCAUUAUCCGUGCACGAUUUGAGGAGGUUCUGACAUGGGCAAAACAACACCAGCAGCGUCUCGAAGCAGCCCUUUCAGAACUCGUUGCAAAUGCUGAACUCUUGGAAGAACUUUUAGCUUGGAUUCAGUGGGCUGAGACGACACUUAUCCAGAGAGAUCAAGAACCAACCCCACAAAAUAUUGACCGAGUCAAAUCCCUCAUCACUGAGCAUCAGGCCUUUAUGGAAGAGAUGACUCGUAAACAGCCUGAUGUAGACCGUGUUACAAAGACAUAUAAGAGGAAGGCUAUAGAACCAACUCAUGCACCUUUCAUUGAAAAAUCUCGCAGUAACCGGAAGUCUUUGGGCCAGGCUGCUCCUCCUCCUAUGCCACUCCUUUCCCAAUCUGAAGCAAAAAACCCCCGGAUCCACCAGCUAUCAGCCCGCUGGCAGCAGGUCUGGCUCCUGGCCCUAGAACGACAGCGGAAACUGAAUGACAUGCUGGAUAGAUUGGAAGAGUUGAAGGAAUUUGCAAACUUCGACUUUGAUGUCUGGAGAAAGAAGUAUAUGCGCUGGAUGAAUCACAAAAAGUCCCGGGUGAUGGAUUUCUUCCGACGUAUCGAUAAAGAUCAAGAUGGAAAAAUUACCCGGCAAGAGUUCAUUGAUGGAAUUCUAGCAUCUAAGUUCCCCACCACCAAGUUAGAAAUGACUGCCGUAGCUGAUAUUUUUGAUCGAGAUGGCGAUGGCUACAUCGAUUACUAUGAAUUUGUGGCAGCUCUUCAUCCUAACAAGGACGCUUACCGACCAACAACAGAUGCAGACAAGAUUGAAGAUGAGGUUACAAGACAGGUGGCUCAGUGCAAGUGUGCAAAAAGAUUCCAGGUGGAACAGAUCGGGGAGAACAAAUACAGGUUUGGAGAUUCCCAGCAACUGCGGCUGGUCCGUAUUCUGCGCAGCACUGUCAUGGUCCGAGUUGGUGGAGGAUGGAUGGCCCUGGAUGAAUUUUUAGUGAAAAAUGAUCCCUGCCGAGCACGAGGAAGAACUAAUAUAGAACUUAGGGAGAAAUUCAUCUUACCUGAGGGGGUAUCCCAGGGAAUGACACCUUUCCGGUCCCGUGGUCGAAGAUCCAAGCCAUCUUCACGGGCAGCCUCCCCAACCCGGUCCAGCUCCAGUGCCAGCCAGAGUAACCACAGCUGUGCCUCAAUGCCAUCUUCUCCAGCCACCCCUGCCAGUGGGGCCAAGGUGAUGCCAUCCACAGGCAGCAAGUUGAAGCGUCCAGCUUUUCAUUCUAGCCGAACCUCUCUUACUGGGGAUGCCAGUAACAGUUCUUCUCCAGUCUCCAGCAGUGCCAAAACCAAUCGGGCCGAUCCAAAAAAGACAACCAGCCGCCCCACAAGUCGUGCGGGAAGCCGGACGGGGAGUCGAGCAAGCAGCCGCCGAGGAAGUGACGCCUCCGACUUUGACCUCCUAGAGACGCAGUCAGCUUGCUCAGACACAUCGGAGAGCAGCGCGGCGGGGGGCCAGGGCGGUUCCAGGCGAGGGCUCACAAAGCCUUCCAAAAUCCCCACCAUGUCCAAGAAAACCGCCACAGCUUCCCCCAGGACUCCAGGCCCAAAGCGAUAACAGCUCCCUCCUGAGCCUGCGACCAGUUUGAAGCCUGCUCCAUAUGCUGGGUGUAUAUUUAUUCUGAAUGGGAGAAGUUAUAUUGUUAAAAGUGUAAAAGAAUAAUUGUGUUAUGAAGCUGCCUUAUUUUUUUUUCUUUUUGUAAGUUACUAUUUUCAUGUGAAUAUUUAUGUAGAUAAAUUUUGCCUUCUGGGAAACCCCAGUACCGAAUAGGGGGCCGGAAACUAAAAAGUUUGAGAAACUCGAGUAAAAUAAGGUCAAGAUGUGAACAUGUAUUAAAGGAUGGGGGAAAAAGCUAUAAAUAGAAUUUCUGCGCGGUGCAGGGUUAUAAACCUGCUUUAUCUUUUAGGAUUAUUCCUAAAUGCAUUUUCUUUAUAAACUUGACUUGCUAUCUCAGCAAGAUAAAUUAUAUUUAAAAAAAGAGAGAAUCCUGCAGCGUGAAACGGACUCUUUUUUUGUAAAUCAUAGACACCUCAAGCAGCAAGAAGCACGAGGAGAGGGAGGGCACCUCCAACUGUUUUUUCCAUCGUUUUUAACUUUGAGAUUUUAGCCGAAGAAAAGGGGGAGUUUAUUUGAAUUAAUAAGAUUUGCACAUGUUAUAGUAAAAGUUCAUUAAAGUGCUGUCUUUAAACUACUGUCUCAGUCACUGAGUGUUUAAAAGUCACGUGAACACUGAAUUUUCAGGGCUCAUCUGGAGACUGCUUGAAAAGCAGGCAAUGUUGUGGAUGAGAGCCCUGCUUGGGAGUGAAAAAUCAGGAGACAACAGGUUGCUUGAGAACAUCCUGUCCUGUAUGGGUGGAAAGCCUUGGUCCACCCAGACCACCUGUUUUCAAAUUCUGAAUUCCACAAUUAUUCAUCUACAUGUUUUCUUUUUUUAUUCUUCAUGCCAUUUAUUUAAGUAGUCAGUCAGCUUCCCAAGAUCCUCUCUGGAAAGCUGAUACCAUAAUCAAAAUCUCACCAGCACACUCCCCAUCAAGGCCCAUUUCACUUGUGUCUUUGCUGUUUUUUAAAAUUUUGUUUUCUAAUACUACUGGGUGACCAUGAGGAAGAAGAGGGGUCCGUCCGAAGCUCCUUGUGUGUCUUACUGCUAUUCUGCAGCUCUGGCCAACCAUGGUGCUGUGUGAUUCUCACUUGGUUCUAAUUGAGGCAGAAACAAAAGCUGUACCAAUGAACUGUUUCAAAACAAGACACAUUUUUGUAUUAAAAUUGCUUGCAGUCCUGA